AUGGCGGAGAAGGAGAUAAAGCCUGAAGGAGAAAUUAAAGAAGUAGAAACUGCGGCACCAGCGGUGGAGCAACCUCUUCUGCGAAAGGAUAGCGGCGGCGUUGGCGGCGGCAGUAGUGGUGGUGGUGGAGGAGGAGGAGGAGGAUGGGGUGGCUGGGGAUUCUCUCCAUUGUCUUAUCUCUCAGAUCUUCAGAAGGCCGCUACUGAGGCUGCUGAAGAGAUCUCUCGCAAUGCCGUUGAGGCUGCUAAAACAGCGGCUAAAACGAUUGCAGAAUUUGAACCUGCCGAAGACUCUGAAUCUUCCAAGGAGGAUGAUAACAAAGCACCAGCAGUUGAAGAGGAAAGCGAGGAUGAAAAUGACAAGCGGCGAAAGGCAGCCCUUGAGAAACUAGAGAAGGCCAGUGAAGAUUCUCUCUUUGGCCAGGGUUUAAAAGUUCUAGAUGACAAAGUGGAAAAUUUUGCUUCUGGGGCAUGGCAAGCAUUAGGAAAUGCAUUCAAAGGAGGUUCAACCUUAGUACACCAGCUCGAGAAUUCUGCUUUAAGUUUUGCUGAAUCAGUUCAACAUGGUAGUUUACCUGGGUCUACUCCCUCGAUCAUUGAGAGUGGAAAAGCUCUUACUGCGAAGGGCAUGCAAGUGCUUGAGUUAGUUGGAAAAGAGACUUUGGAUCUUCUUAUAUCAGAGACUGGUAUGGACACCAAUAGAAGAUCUGGAGAGGAUGGAGGAAUAGAUGAUGAUCAGUAUCCCGAGGAAGUUACUUUUGAUAGAUGCUUCUACAUUUAUGGAGGUCCAGAGCAAUUGGAGGAGUUGGAGGCAUUAUCCAACCAUUAUGCGCUAUUGUUCAACCGAAGAAAAGCAAAGCUCUCUUCUGAACAGAAAUCUGUUUAUGACGGGAAACUUAAACAGGUCCAGCAGAUUUUUGACUUGACUUCUGAAUUUGAUGGAAGUGGUGUUGACUCCGAGAAAGGGAAGAAGGUAGAUGCUGGAAUGGAGAGCACUGCCGAUGAGAUAAAAACCUUGCAUGAUUCCAGUGUCAAAAAGGCAGCUGAGUUAGCUGCUGGUUUUGCUAAUGCUUUAGCUGGGCUGACUCCAAAUGAUAUAGUUCAGAGGUCUGCUGGAAGACUGGAUUCACUUCAUUCUGAAGGCAUUCACAGGAUAUCAGAAAUGUGCUGUUUUGCGGUAACUCAACUUUUGAUGCUCGGGAAGUCAAUUAUUUCUAAUGCGAACAGAGUUCAAAAUCCAGAUGUUGAUGAGGAGAUUGUGAAAGUUGACUGGCCUGAAGAUUCUGUUGAGAAAGCAAAGAUCAUUAGGACUCGAGCGCAUUCAAUGAAUGGACAUGUGGAAGCUGUUUCAAAUAGUUUUAUCACAGGCAUAUCAGAUGUAGCUGAAGCUUAUCUUGCGGCGAUAAAAGGAGCUUCUUCUGAUUCUCAUGAAGUUCCUCAGAAUUCUAUUCAAGAAAAGGCCAGUUCGUUCUCUGAAAACCUUCGUGCUGAUCAUAGCACUGCCUUGGGCAAAAUUCAAGAUGGACUUCAACAUUUAUCGUAUCUGGUUCUUUCAACUUCGAUGCCAGCUGCAUAA